GGACAGUGUAGUAAACACACAAGACUCAGUGCUGGGGAACUAAGAACACUUCUACCAGGGGGAACAUCACUGUAUUUAAAUGAAUUGAACUGCGCUUUCCUUUUGACUUUGAGAUUGUUAGAAAGUCUUACAGCUGUGGAACUGGCAAAGAAACAGCCCAAGAACUCUGAGCCACAGCGCUGGCUUUGCUGGGAAUAUAUGAAUCGUCACUGCAAAUCACACUUCAAUCUCAAAUAAAUCCCACACAAGGCGUCAAGCGCUAUUGCCUGCCGGAACAUCACAGCAGUGAAAACUUCCCCAUAGAGGUAGUCCAAGGUGCUGGAAGAUGGGCCAGAAUUGGAAGAUGUUGGUUCUAAUGGCAGUGCUUCUGAAUACUGCAAAGGGAAUUGCCACGUCUCAGUGUGGGGAGGUAUCAAUCGAGUCACCUGUGGUAGUGCUGGGUUCCUCAGUGACCGCCUCCUGUGAAAUUGGAGACAAUUGUACUUUCUUUGAUGGACAGGAUAUUCAGAUAGAAUGGCGCCUCAACGAUGAUCUUAUUCCAAAGAGUCAACACACAAACCAAAGCAGCCGAAAGUCCAAUUUAACCAUCCCAUGUUUUAACACAACACAGGGAUAUCUGUCCUGCUUUGUCGUUCUUCACGGACAGGCUCAACUUAUCGAUGUUAUUCAGAUCACAGCCGGGUACCCACCUUCAAAACCAAGCGAUUUAAACUGCAAAACCAAUCUCACUGAACCCGUGACUUUUUCCUGCACAUGGAACCCAGGGAGGGAAACUAACCUCCCAACACAAUUCACUCUGCACAAGAAAGACAGUUGGCUCAGUUGUACAAAAUCGUUUGGGACUGUCUCAAUUCCAUGUAAGGAAGGACAUUCUUGUACGAUACUACGUAAGGAUUUUCAUCUGUAUCAUGAAAUGGAAAUUUCAGUAACAGCCCACAAUGCUUUAGGGAAUAACACUUCAGAAGCUAUUUGUCUGGAUUCAAUGGAUGUUGUAAAACUGGACCCGCCAAUUAUUGUAUCUGUAGAAGCCAGUCAGGAUAAGUGCUUGAAAAUUGAAAUGGAAAUGCGAAAACCUGAAUGGCUACCAGCAAAUAAAUGUUCAGCUAAACUUCGCUAUAAGCAAGCUGGUGAUCUACAAUGGACAGUGGAACAACCACAAAAAAUGGGUGGAGGAACUCUGAGACAGUGUGGCCUCCUUCAUGGUACCGAAUAUCAAUUCCAAGUGCAAGUUACAUUCGGAGCAGGACACUGGAGUGAGUGGAGCGUUGAGAAAACUGGGUGCACUCAUGAAAGCGCUCCCUCUGGAAAGCUAGAUGUGUGGUGGAAGGUGAGGGCUGGGGAAUCUGAGAGAAGCACUCAAGUGCAGCUUUUUUGGAAGCCUGCAAACCAGUUUAGAGCAAAUGGUAAAAAUCUGUUAUACACAGUGUUCUUUCAAACGUCGACAGGAAUCAGAAAUCCUCUCUGCAGCACGUCUGAAUUGCAUUGCGCUUUCCUUCAGCCAGAACAUGUAAACCGUGUGUACAUUACAGCUUCUAACACUGCCGGGGAGUCAGUCCCUACUGAAGUCUGUCUUUAUAAAAAAAGAGCUCUGGAGUCACCAGUAAGCAUCAGUACUUCAUUAUCUGAUGACCACAGCCUCUGGAUCCAAUGGGAAGCCCCCAAGUCGCUGCCUGUUACCGGCUAUGUGAUUGAAUGGUGUGUGGUGUCUGAAACUCUCCCCUGCCGUAUCUCUUUUACGUUAGUGCAGCACAAUUGUAUUAAAACUCUAAUUACUGAAAACAUUGAGCCCUUUAAGUGUUAUAAGAUAUCAGUGUAUCCAAAAUACAAAGAUGGGUUUGGGCUCCCUGUGUCUGUGGAAGCAUACUCCAAACAAAGUGCUCCAUUAAAAGUUCCCAAAUUGAAAGUAGAGGACAUUGGAGGUUCAUAUGCAGAGUUAGCCUGGGAUUCAGUACCAGUCGAUGAGAGAAAUGGUUUCAUCAGACGCUAUACCAUUUUCUACAGUGACAAGGAAGGGAAAACAGGUAUGAGAGUGGUAGAUGCCCCUGAAAUGAGAGUGACUCUGGAAAAUCUGAAACCGUCCUCUGAGUACAAAGCAUUCAUAAUGGUGAGCACUGAUGCAGGGAGCUUAAAUGGAACAGUCUUGACCCUAAGUACUACCAUAUUGGAUCACUGGAGUUUUAUAUCCACCAUUUUGCCAGCCUGUAUCGGCCUAACUUUGUUCUUACUAAUUACUGCAUCAGCCUGCUUCAUAAAACAUGACAAUUUAAAGCUGAAUAUUUGGCCCAUGGUGCCAGACCCUGCUAACAGCAGCAUUUGUAAAUGGACGCCACCUUCAACACAGAAGAUGAUUCCUCGUCUACCGGAUAUUAAAGACCUUUCCACCUCAAACUUCUCUAAGGUUAGCGUCCUGGAUGUUUCUGCGAAGAUGCCUGAAGAAAAAGACCAGAAGCAGAUAGGUAAAGCUGAAGAGGCAGGUAGUCGAUCCCGAGGAAACAGCAGCGGGCUUGGAGAGUCAAUCCAGGAUUCAGUCUUUUACAGCAGCAGUGACGACAUGAGACCCAGGGCCUACCAGAACACCCCUAGGGUAGAGUAUUCCUCGGUCAUUUGCAACAGCUACAAAGGCCAGCAGAACCCCAAGCACAAGUACUUGAGGUCUGACUCUACUCAACCCCUUCUCCAUGAUCUGUCCCCAAGCCCAGAUCAGUGUGAAAACAUCUGGUUCCAAGCAGCCAAAGAAGAGGUCUCCAAGGCCUGUCAAGACGAGGAGCCUGGGGAGAAAGUGCGUAUCACAUCCUGGGAUGACUUCCCACUGUUGAGAGGCCUGAUGAUUAAUGAGGAGGCCGAGAAAGACAGUGCUCCUUGAACAUGUGGAAACAGGCAUUAACCCUCCCACCUACAAGUUUGAGUUUGGGGUUAUCUUCCUCUUUGCAAAUCUUUUGCACAUCACCUUUAUAAUGAAAGGAGAAGUGUCAUUUUCAAAAAGAUAUUCAACCAGUAAAAAAUACAUUCUGCAGACAUCAAUAGUAACUGGACUUUGCAUGACUGAAUAUAACAGCUAGAUUUGAAGAAAAAAUCAUAUUCUUAUGUGAGUCUUUUGUUAUGAAAUUGUUUUUUUUAAAGAUCUUUUGAAUUUAUUGCAUUUCUCUAUAUAAUUGUAUAUGUUUAUAUUGUCAUGAGUUUGUGUGUCACCAAAGUGUUUUUGGUGUUUUUUUAAACAAUGUAAUUUAUGUCUGAGUGACUGUGUACAGCUGGUGAAGUUAGCCUGUAUCAGUACUACAGUACAUUAUACAGACACUCAUAUUGAACUAAAACAGAUUUAUUAAUUAGUACAUAAAUGUAACAUAGAUUUCUUGGUACAAAUUUGUAUUUUUAAGUCCAAAUUUCAGCUGAAAACUAGUAAAAAAUAAAAAUUGUUUUUGUGAACCCCAGGAUUUUCUGGGGUAGAAAUCAGUUAAACUUGCAAAGAAUUCUGUGUCUCUCAAAGGAAACUAUAUAUCUAAUUUUUCACAAGUUUUCUGCUCAAUUUUGGUGGUUAUUACAUCAAAGAUUCCGGCAAACACUUAAAUGUUUUGUUUUUAAAUGUUCUAUUGAAACUGAUGAUUACAGCAACAAAGGAAAACAGGGCACAAAGACUCUUGUGGCACAGUUUAUUUGUUUUUUAAUUUAAGGAUACCAUUAGCACAUGUCAAUUUCUUGACUGUUAGAAAUGCAGUUUCAUGAAAAUCACUUCUGUGUGUUAGCUUUGUGAUAAAGCCAUGCGUGUUUGUUUAUCAGCUCUUCCAUGAUUGGAUAGUGCAAUAUUGUAUCACUGUAUUCCAAACACUGCUUGUCCAAUAGAUUCCCUCCUUCUGUGAGUCUCCCAACCUCACACAUUUUACUUCACCUAAAACACCAACAACACAAAGCUAGUUUUUCACUUUUUUCUUUAUAUUAUGCAGUAUCGAUUUUUUUGUUUGUUUGUUUGUUUUUGGCAUGCUCAUUUUUAUUUUUAACGCCUUUAAUUCAUAAUGUAGUCAUUUGAAGUAGUAAUUAAAGAUACAUUCAGUUCUUCUAGCGGAGGUUCAUGAUAAUGCGGUGUCUGCUCAUUCACGGUAAGGGUUUGGGGUUUAAUAUGAAAAAGCUUGGAAUGUAUAAGUUUACUCCUUAUGAAUUCAGGUGUAAUAAAUUGGGGGUUGCUAGAAUUGCUUCAUUGUUCACAGUACCUCAUAUACAGCAUUACCUUAUUAAAAUACCUCUUUUAAUUUUACAGAACACAGAGAUACAUCAGUAAAUGAUGUGGAUUCUUAUUAUUGUUGAAAUUAGACUGAAAUGUUCAGAUUUCCUGUGAGGACUAAGUAUGAUGACAGGCAAGCAUGAUGUCCAAACUUGUUACUAUGCCUUUAAAUCAACAGCCUUUAAGAUUUCCAGGAGACACUGCCAUUAAAAUGCAUUGUACUGUACUUUAUGAUAAGCUCAUUCUAGAGAAUGCAAGCUCUAUUCACAAAACUUUCAGGACUGUUACUUUAAGGAAUUAUUAUUUUAAGGAAUGUUUAUUUUAAAGACUGUUUUAGAGUGGUAUAUUUGACAUUCCUUGAUACCAAUGAUAUGUGACCAUUACUGAAGGGGUCCAAAUGUGCUUCACGUGUCUCUUAGGUCGUUCACACAUGCUGUUUUAUAUAUUGUUGUAUUUGAAUUUGUUUUGCAUACUGUGUUUAGGUUACAUGCAUGUGUGUGUGUGUGUGUGUGUGUGUGUGUGUGUGUGUUUUAUGGAUUUACUGAAUAAAAUUAUGUUUUGAAAUUAAUGUGUGUACCCCCCUUGUAUAUCUAUAAUCAUUUCAAAAUGAUAAUAAAAUACAAUGUCUUUGCAUCAAAAUACAA